AUGCAAGUUAGCACAGUAUUAGAGGUCUCAGUGCGUCCUUCUAUUCCUGAGGAUGCUGAUUUGGCAAUGGAUUAUAUCGACGAAAAUUCAUCAUUAUAUACCACCAUGACCACAGAUGUUAUCAAGAAAGUUGAUAGGAGUAUCAUACCUAUAGUCUCGUGCCUAAUGAGUGUCAAGAUGAUGGAGAAGAGUAUAACAUCAUAUGGAUCUAUUUUGGGGUUACGUGAAGAUUUGAGAAUGACCCAAGAAACAUACACAUGGGUCUCAAGCAUUUUUUACUUUGGUUAUCUGAUCUUCGAGUUUCCAAUCAGCUUGAUAAUUCAAAAGGCUUUAUCAAAAAGUUUGUCAACCUCGGUACUUGUCUGGGGAGUUUUGUUGUUGUGUCAUGCUUCCUGUCAGACAUCAAAUGGGUUUUUAACAUGUCGUUUCUUCAUUGGUAUGUUUGAGUCUGCCAUGUCACCAGCAUAUACAUUGAUAACUUCACAAUGGUGGAAGAGAGAAGAACAGUUUACGCGUUGUAGUAUGUGGUUUGGAUUUCAAGGAUUUGGUACUAUUCUGCAAGCCGGUGUUGCUUAUGUCCUACUUAUACAUGACUCUCAACUAGCUUUAGCCUCCUGGAGACUUCUUUAUAUAAUGACAGGUAUAUUAACAAUGAUUUUUGGGUUUUUAUCUGCAUUUUAUAUUCCCGAGAAUCCUUUGAAGGCACAUUUUUUCAAUGCUAUAGAGAAAAUGGAUUUUAUCCAAAGACUCCGUUCCAAUCAUCAAGGCGUGGGAAACAAAACUUUUAAACAAUCGCAACUAUUCGAAGCAUUCACUGACACUGUUUCAUAUAUUAUGUUUGCACAUGGUAUCUUUUAUUCAAUAGGUAGCUCUUCGUUCUCAAAUUUUGGCUCUAUGAUUUUGAUGAAUGAUUUUGGAUAUAGCUCAAAAGCUAGUAUUUUAUUGGGCAUGGUCGGAGGUGCAUUAGAUAUAUCAUUACCUACAAUAGUCGCAUAUAUGAACGAGAAAUUAUUCACGGGUAAGAAGUUAAUUAUUUGCUCAUUAGCAAGUACCAUAACUUUGAUAGGAAUGAUUGUUUUCAAGUAUGCUAAUGACAGAAUUCUCAGAUUAUUUGGAUAUUUCAGUUUUUAUGUAUCAACUAUUGUGAUUUCUGGAGUCAUCUCAAAUAUAGCUUCAAAUGUUGCAGGUCAUACUAAAAAGAUCAUUGUGAGUGCUUUAUUCCAUAUGGGUACAGCUGUUGGUAGUAUAAUUGGUCCUCAAUUUUUUAAAAAUAAUGACUAUGAACAGGCAAAGACAGCGUUGCUCAUAACAUCCAUCAUCGGAACAUUCGACAUACUGAUGUUAAUUACAAUCUAUACGUACAGGAAUUCUGAAAGGGAAAAGCUAAGGAUUAGUUAUGGUCCCAAGUAUAUUGCACCUGAGUUUAUUGAACUUUUUGACUUGACUGAUAUGGAAAACCCUGAGUUUAGAUAUCUACUUUGA